AUGUACAUCAAGGAGGUGACCUUAGAAGGGUUCAAGUCGUACGCGACGCGGACGGUGGUGCCGGGAUUCGACCCGUUUUUCAACGCCAUAACCGGGCUAAACGGGUCGGGUAAGUCCAACAUUCUCGAUUCGAUUUGCUUCGUUCUCGGCAUCACCAACUUACAGCAAGUCCGGGCGGCCAAUCUGCAAGAGCUAGUGUACAAGCAAGGCCAGGCCGGAAUUACUAAGGCCACCGUCUCCAUCGUCUUCGACAAUUCGGACCGGGCUCGCAGUCCUCUCGGGUACGAGGCCCAUUCCGAACUCACCGUCACCCGGCAGAUUGUGGUUGGUGGAAGGAACAAGUACUUGAUUAAUGGGAAACUUGCGCAGCCAAGUCAGGUCCAGAAUCUUUUUCAUUCGGUGCAGCUCAAUGUGAAUAAUCCUCAUUUUCUCAUUAUGCAAGGCCGGAUUACCAAGGUUUUGAAUAUGAAACCUCCCGAGAUUUUGUCUAUGCUUGAAGAGGCUGCUGGGACGAGAAUGUAUGAAACCAAAAAGGAAGCUGCUCUAAAAACUCUAGAGAAGAAGCAGAGUAAAGUUGAUGAGAUAAAUAAGCUUCUUGACCACGAGAUACUGCCUGCAUUGGACAAGUUGAGGAGAGAAAGGACACAAUAUAUGCAAUGGGCUAAUGGCAAUGCUGACUUGGAUCGGCUUAAAAGGUUCUGCAUUGCUUAUGAAUAUGUUCAAGCAGAGAGGAUUAGAGACACUGCCGUUUGUGAGGUGGAACAAGUGAAGGCCAAAAUUUCUGAGGUUGAUGAUGAUACAAGAAAGAUGCAGGCAGCAAUACAGGAAAUGGAGACACAAGUGUCAAAGUUGACUGCUGAAAAGGAAGCUAGUAUGGGUGGAGAAGUAAAAGUUUUGUCCACCCAAGUAGAUAAGCUUUCUCAAGAUGUAGUAAGGGAAGUGUCUAUACUGGAUAAUAUGAAGGACAAUCUUGAUACUGAAAAUGAAAAUGCUAAAAAGAUUGCUUGCAACAUUGAAGACAUGAAACAGUCUCUAAAAGAUAGGGACUGUGCUAUCAGAAAUGCUGAAGAAGGAGCUGCUGAUUUGAAAAGGAGAGCGGAGGAACUUUCUCAUAGUCUGAAUGAGUAUGAGAUGCAGUACCAGGGUGUAAUCGCUGGCAAGAGUAGCGGAAAUGAGGAGAAAUGUCUUGAAGAUCAAUUGGGUGAUGCCAAAAGAGCUGUAGGGAGUGCUGAAACAGAAUUGGAACAGUUGAAAACAAAAAUUCGUCACUGUGAAAAGGAGUUGAAAGAGAAAAAUUCUCAACUAAUGUCAAAGCGUGAAGAAGCUGUUGCUGUAGAGAGUGAGCUGAAAGCUAGGAAAACAGAUGUGGAAAAUGUUAAAGUGGCACUGGAGUCUCUUCCAUACAAGGAGGGCCAGAUAGAAGCAUUGCAAAAGGACCGGUCAUCUGAGUUGGAGUGUGUGCAGAAGUUGAAGGAUGAAAUGCGUAAUCUUUCAGGACACUUGGGAAAUGUUGACUUUUCUUAUAGAGAUCCUGUGAAUAAUUUUGAUAGGUCUAAGGUCAAGGGUGUAGUUGCAAAACUUAUCAAAGUGAAGGAUAGCUCCACAAUGACUGCCUUAGAGGUCACUGCUGGUGGAAAGUUGUUUAACGUUGUUGUAGACACAGAAAGUACCGGAAAACAACUUCUUCAGAAUGGUAAUCUUCGAAGGAGAGUAACAAUCAUACCCUUGAACAAAAUUCAAGCUUACACAGUUCCUCCUAGGGUUCAACAUGCUGCUGCUAAAUUGGUUGGCAAGGGAAACGCAGAACUGGCACUUUCUUUGGUUGGCUAUGAUGAGCAACUGAGGAGUGCUAUGGAAUAUGUCUUCGGUUCAACCUUUGUGUGCAAAACUAUUGAUGCUGCAAAGGAGGUUGCGUUUAACAGGGACAUUCGCACCCCAAGUGUCACUCUUGAAGGUGAUAUCUUUCAGCCCAGUGGUCUUUUGACUGGUGGAAGCCGCAAGGGUGGGGGUGAUCUGUUAAGGCAGCUUCAUGAGCUGGCUGAAGCUGAGCUAAAACUAUCCGAGCACCAGAAAAAGUUGACUGAAAUUGAAGCUAAGAUUAGAGAGAUUCAGCCUCUUCACAAGAAGUUCAUGGAGCUUAAAGCACAGUUAGAACUCAAAUCAUAUGACCUUAAAUUAUUUCAGGGCAGGGCUGAACAAAAUGAGCAUCAUAAGCUUGGUGAAUUAGUAAAGAGGAUUGAGCAAGAGCUACAAGAAGCAAAUUCUGCAGCCAAAGAGAAGAAACUUCUGCAUGAAGAUUGUGUGAAUAAAGUGUUGUUUCUUGAGAAAUCAAUCAAAGAGCAUGACAACAGUCGGGAGGGAAGGCUGAAAGAUUUGGAAAAGAAGAUCAAAGAGACAAAAGCUCAACUCCAGUCAGCUUCAAAGGAUCUCAAGGGACAUGAAAAUGAAAAGGAGAAGCUUAUUAUGGAAAAGGAUGUUGUUUUAAAAGAGCUUGCAUCUUUGGAGACUCAGUUGUCUUCGUUGAGAGCACAAAUUGAUGGUCUCACUUCAGAAGUAGAAGAACAGAAAGAAAAGGUAAAUUCUACAAGAAAUAAGCAUGAUGAUGCAAAAUCCCAGCUUGAUUCAAUUCGUAUGAAGAUGAAGGAGUGUGAUUCCCAAAUUAAUGGCAUUGAAUCUGAUCAGCAAAGACUUCAAGACAAACUUCGUGAGACAAAUCUUGAACGGAAAAGGAUGGAAAAUGAGGUUAAAAGAAUGGAAAUGGAACAGAAAGACUGCUCUACGAAAGUAGACAAGUUGAUAGAGAGGCAUGCCUGGAUAACAUCUGAGAAACAGCUAUUUGGAAAAACUGGGACUGAUUAUGAUUUUGCCAUGCGGGAUCCUUGCAAUGCAAGGGAAGAACUAGAGAAACUGCAGGCUCAACAAUCUGGCCUUGAGAAAAGGGUGAAUAAGAAAGUUAUGGCAAUGUUUGAGAAAGCAGAAGACGAGUACAAUGACCUAAUGUCUAAGAAGAACAUCAUUGAGAAUGACAAGUCUAAGAUCAAGAUGGUGAUUGAAGAGCUGGAUGAGAAAAAGAAGGAAACAUUGAACGUUACUUGGGUCAAAGUUAACAAAGACUUUGGGUCUAUCUUUUCUACCCUUUUACCCGGCACGAUGGGAAAGCUUGAACCUCCUGAAGGGUGCAGCUUCCUAGAUGGCCUUGAGGUGCGUGUUGCAUUUGGGGGUGUUUGGAAACAGUCCUUGUCAGAACUGAGUGGAGGUCAGCGAUCCCUGCUAGCACUUUCUCUGAUCUUGGCAUUGCUUCUAUUCAAGCCAGCUCCUCUGUAUAUACUGGAUGAGGUUGAUGCAGCUCUUGAUCUAAGUCACACCCAGAAUAUUGGAAGAAUGAUCAAAAGUCAUUUCCCACACUCCCAGUUCAUAGUGGUUUCACUGAAAGAAGGCAUGUUCAAUAAUGCUAAUGUCCUUUUCCGGACAAAAUUUGUGGAUGGAGUUUCUACUGUUCACAGGACCGUUGCUAAGCAAAACAAGUGAUGCUGAUGUUUUACUUUACCAUGGUGAAUGAUUUUUUCCGGUGAAGCUUAUUCAUCUCCAGCCUAUGUAUGAGAAACUUCUUGUUUGUCUGCAUGUGUUAGAUUGAUUAUGCAAACAAUCUCCAGCUCUCAUUUAGGUACAAGUGUAUAUGUAAAACCGUUUUGAGUAGUUCCAUGGAGGUGGCAUUCCAAUGUUGUGCCUAUAUUGAGCCCUGUGCUCAACCUGUAUACUAAAGCCUUGAAUUUGUAUCCCAAAUCUGUUCAUGCUUUAAAUUUUCGAA